UAGACGGCUGAGAGAGAGAGAGACAGAAGGAAGACAGACAGACAGCUGAGAGAGAGAGAGAGAGACAGAAGGAAGACAGACAGACAGCUGAGAGAGAGAGAGAGACAGAAGGAAGACAGACAGACAGCUGAGAGAGAGAGAGAGACAGAAGGAAGACAGACAGGAAGAGAUUGUAGAUGCUUGAGUGAUGGAAGAGAAUUGGGGGUUGGUCAUGUGACCUCUCUGGUUGGGUUGGGGUCGUGGCCCGGGUCCAGGGGAGCUCUGCUGAUGUUCGACCGGGCCUGGUUCCUGGGGUCCCUCGGGGUGUGGGGGUGAAGAUGAUGGUGAUGAAGAGGAACCGAGGGUGAUCUGUGUGAGGGUCUGACUCAAGGUUUGACUCGACUGACUGGAAGGAUCUGACCUGGUCGAGGUCCCAGGAGCAGGAGAAGAGGUUUCAGGUUGUGGAGAAAGCAGCUCCCUGCUAGCUGGGACGCGGACUUGACUGGAGCCAGACUGGCGCCGAUGAUGUCACACCACCUCAGUGGAAGCACUUUGCAUGGGGCGGUCACAUGACUGGGCCAUGGUUGUUGGUCUGUGAGUGAGUGAGUGAGUGUGUGUGUUACCUGUGUGCGUGCGAGUUAGAGACCAGGCCGCGACACCUCACACUGGUCUGGUUCCUCAGCUGCCUCUGUUGGCGUGGCGACCGAGCGAGUCACAGAAUGAUCGAGUGUCUUGUUACGAGCGCCUUGAUCCUGUCAGUGCUGCCAGGGCCGAGAUUAGACCAGAACCAGGUGAGGGCCAAGACAGACCUCGGCUCUCCUCCGAGUCUCUCCUGGAUGAUCUUUCAGCUUCCCGCCACAUGUGGCCCUUGGCACCACGUGUCCACGCUCUGGCUCACAGGACCGCGGGUGGCGUCUCUGAAGUCUGUGGCGUUGCUGCAGGUCAGGCGGAGGCGGAGCUGAAGGCCUUCGCUCCCUACUACAGGAAGCAGUUCUCGGCCUGCCGCUUUGCUGAGAGGGAGGAUGAGCUGCAGCAGCAGCAGCAGAAGACCAGGCAGCUGCUCCAGCAGAAGGAGGCGCCGGAGGCUGGGGAGGUCCUGUACGAGGAGGGCGUGCUGUACUUCGACGACAGCAGGAAGUGGCGGGAGCGUUACGUGGUGGUGCGUGCCAACUACUGCCUGGAGUGUCACGAGAGCCUGGAGACUUUCGUCAAAGGGCUCCCAGCGCUGCACAAGCUGCUGCCCACAGGGGGCGCCGUGCUGACCACGGAGGAGAAGUACAUGGAGAUGGUGGACAAGUGCUUCCCCGACGACUCCGGCCUGAAGGAGGACUUUGCUCCGCCCCUGUCUGGGAUGCCGGGCCAGUUCCCCGUCUACCUGCGCCUGCCCUACAGACGAGACUCCUACUUCUGCUUCCGUCAGCAGCUCAAGCAGGAGACCUUCCUGGCCAUCCUGUCCGACUGCAUCCGCCACCAGAACCAAGACUUCCUGAAGAAGAAGACAUGUGAGGUCCAGGCCUUCCUCCGGGCCGUGCGGCUCUUCCGGCAGGACCGAGGCCAGUACCCGUCCUGGGACAUGCUGAUCGGCAGUGACGUGCGGGUCCUGGCCAACCUGGUGAUGGAGCAGCUGCUGCCCACGCUGCAGAAGGACAUGCUGCCUCGGCUGAAGGCCAAGAAGACGGAGAAGAAGCGGGUUUGGUUUGCGACGGUGGAGGCAGCCUACAUCCUGAUCCAGGAGCAUCUGUUGGAGGGCCUGUCGGCGCUGAAGGAGGAGUGUCGCUCCUCGUCCCGCCAGCAGGAGGUGCUGAUCCACUCCGACAUGGACCAGAUCCUCCAGUGCAGACGGCAGCUGGAGGAGAAAGUCCGGGCGGCGGCGGCUGAGGCGGCGGAGCGGUUCUGCUCAGAGAGCGUGCAGCCAUACCUGGGCUCGGUGCUGGAGGAGCUGAUGGAGCCCAUCAGCUCGGGCUUCCAGGACGGUCGGCGGCUGAGCGAGGAGCUGAUGGACGCCAUCUGUCGGGACGUCCAGCAAGGCGGCGACAACGAGCAAGUGAAGAAGGCUCUGGCCCGCAUGGCCAGACCGAACCUGCUGGGCUGCUACCAGAAGAUCGGCUCGCUGCAGGAGAAGCUGCAGCAGCUGAAGGGACGCUUCGACUUCUGCAACGUCAGCGGCGUGAUCCACGGCGCCCAGAUCGACCUGCAGCAGCUGAUGGAGAACGCCGCCUUCACCUUCGAGCAGAUGCUGGUCAAGGCUGUCCAGGACAACCCCGACAACGUCAGCCCCGUCAUUGACAAGGCCAAGCUGCGGGUGCUGAAGCAAUACGACUACGACAGCAGCUCGGUGAGGAAGAGGAACUUCCAGGAGGCUCUGGUUUCCAUCACGCUGCCAUUCAUUAAGAAGCACUUGGACGCCACCUGCAGGCCGAAGCUGCAGGAGCUGCAGAAGCUGGUGGACUCGGACUACAGCGACCUGGUGCUGGUGGAGAACGUCUUCGAGGACAUGCUGCUGUACACACUGGAGCAGGAGGUCACCACAGCGGUGAAGGAGGCAGCCAGCACCAAGAAGUACAAUCUGUACACAGACAGUCGCGACCUGCUGAGUCAGUCCAGCCGCUCCAGUCUCAGUGCCUCGGCGCCUGGGAGCCCAGCCCCCGCGGCUGACACGCCUGUGGCCCCGCCUUCAGCCUUCGCUGACAGUGUGCUGCCGGUGGAAAUCCCAGAUGAUGUGGUGGCCCCGCCCCCGGAACAGGUGCCUCUCGUGGAACCCGCUCAGGACGUGGUGACCGGUGCAGCAGCAGAACCAGCUGAGAAGGUCCAGAGGACACAAGAGACUGUAACCGUUACCGUGGAGAUGAACAUGGCAGACGAUCCAGCAGACGCUGUCGUUCCAGCUCUGGAGGAGGUGCCUGUCAUCUGUGAAGAACCCAGCCCAGAACCUGUAGAAGACAAGCGUGCGAGCACAGAGCUCUUGGCUCCCUCUAUUGGUGAAGACCCUGAGGCGCCCGCUGCCUCCGACCCCAACUCUCUGGACGUGUCCCUCGGAAGUGAGUCUCCGCCUUCUGAUCUGGGCUCUCUGGAGGACGACCUCUUGGAAGAGGGCGCAGGAGCUGGCUCAGCCCCUGCAGCGGGGGAGGAGGCGGCUCCGCCUGUGGACUCCGUCAAGGAGAUCCGGGAGCUGGUGGUGGAGGUGAUCGAGGUGGAGGAGCUGGUGCAGCGCUACCCCAGCGGGGUGCCAAAGGAGGAGGAGUGAAGUUUUCCAAACACAUUCCCGCGUCAGAGUCUGCAGCCUCUCUGCAGCCAGUAAACAAGUCAGCAUCACCCUGUUCCCACGCCCACCAUGUCUCCACCCACAUGACAAAGAAGCUUGGUCGAUCCUGUAGCAACUGAAAGCAUGUAGCUUCCUAGCACUAAUGGCUACAUUCUAGAAACAAGGCUCAUGAAUCCACUGGAAGGUAUGAAGGGACGCUUGGUUAGUUCCAUGCCACUGUGAGCACACACGUUAGCUUUAGGCUCGCUAGAGUCACGUGGAGACGCUAAAGAAACCCAGCACCAUCGACGGAGAGAGAGACGGGACAUGGAUGACGGGGCCGCGCUGCGCAUCACAGCCACCUGUGAAACUAUGCACAACCAAUGUGUUCCUCUACUCAGCUGGAUCACUGUGGUGUCCAGAGGCCAGACUCCGCACCAACUCCUGCUCGUUCGAGUCUGGCAUCUCAACUGACGUGUGACUUCCUCCAGCGAGUCAUAAUCGAUACCACGGGGCGGCGACGUCUGAAACCACCAGGCUGAUGUGUGUGUGAUGACUUAUGUUAGAGGUUGCUGUGUGUCACUGACCGGGUCGGCGUCUCCUCUCUUCACCUUUCCCGUGCAACGGCACCGCCUGGAGGCCAGAGCCGGGACCUGCAGACGGACGUAGCGAAGUCGAGUUACUAAACAAGCAAAUGUAUCCGUGUGACUCUGCAUGCUGGGGUGUUUAGGGGUGAAUAAAGGUUUUCUCAACGACAGCUGGCUCUUCAUGCUGUGAGACUCAAAGGUCCAGCUCACAUCAGAGGCUGCGGACCUCCAGAAAGAGCCUCAAUCCAGAAGAACAUUUACCUCUCGAGGGUCAGAAGUGCUCAACAUGAUGGGACAAAAAAGACGACUGACCAGGCUCAUCUCAGUCGUGAUGCACAGAAGCCGAAAAAGUCAAUAAAACAGUCACAAAAACAACACACCACAUCAGAGGAAAGCGUUGCAUCAAAGCAAAGAGAAAACAAAACAUUAGGGAGGAAAACACUGAACGAGAGCUUGAGGACAAGGUUUAUAUGGUGUCUCCUCCAUCAGGUGAUCGGAGACAACAAACUACACAACGACUUGAA